AUGGCACCACCAAAGAGAUUCUGGGCUAGAUUGAAGCUAUCUCCAAAAUUUUUGGGGACUUUACCUGAGUUCCCAGCGUAUAUCUCAAAAUCACGUCUAAAGAAGUUAGCACAAGAGGAAAGAAGAUCUGGUACUACUUCAAUGACUACACUGCAGAGGUCCUCACCUGCACCCGAAGGAGGAGCAUCUGCCACUGGUCCAACUAUCAGUAAUUACAAAGUGAAUGUGGGAUUGAAGGAAGGUUCAACAUCCGGUUUGACAAUCAACAGCAUAACGAGCGGACAAUAUUCUUUAGACAAAUCAGGUAAACCAGCUAAACGAUGGGUUAAAAAACCAAGGCUGUUUAAGACUUUCACUGGAUUCAAAGUAACAUGUGUGUCGUUCAAACCUGAACAUGGUCCAGAAACGAAGGAAACUCAGAAAACCGAGGAAAAAGAGGUGAUACUGAAUACCAGUACAAAUGGCACCACAACGCCAGGUAACACGCCAGCAGUAUCACUAGCACCGAACAACGAAUAA